AUGAUAGCGGAGAGAGCAACAACUCCUUCUUCGCCAUCCUCACCAUCUCCAUCAUCACCAUUAAAUCAUAACAGUGGUUUUAUUGAUUGUUGCCCAACAAAUCCAAAAAAAUCCUUGUCUUUGACAUCUGACUUGAACCAACCCAUUCAGAAUUUUAAAACACAGCUCGACCAUCAUCAAAAGGAGGAAAUUCCUUCUUCCUUUCAAAAACCCAAUCAUCCCAUCAACAUGUUGAACCAUCAUAAUGACAACGAGGAGUAUGAAAAUCAUCAUCAUGAUGAUGAUGAAUACAUUUCAAACGAUGAAAACUUUUUUUCCAAAAUGACUAUCGACACCUCCAACAACAACAAGAAUAAGAAGAACAACAACAACAACAACGAAGAUGAAUCGAUUUUAACCAGACCAUCAUCAUCAUCAAACACAUUCAAUUCUCUCCAUAAAUAUACUUCCAACAACUCAUCAGCUUCCUCUGUAUUCUCCAAUCUAACCUCCUCCUCCACCACCACUCCGGUCACAGCCUGUACGACCUCUACCACAACAAAUACCGAUUAUUCUUCUUCUUUCUCUCAAUCCUUGUUGAUGAAUCCAUCUUCCAAUAUGUUUGAGGAAAAUUCUGAUGCCAGCAUGUUAUCAGUGGUGACCACAAAAACGAGUCAUUCUUCAUUGUUUUCAUCAGUAACGGAUACAUCAUCCUCAUCAUCGGGUUCAGCAACACUUCAUGUACCAUUAGUAUUGAAUCAUAUAGAGGAACCUUUUGAAGAUGUUUUUGAUGAAGAACCUUUUGAGGGAGAAAUGACCCCUGUUCAGUUUGUGGAAUUACAGAAAUCAAACAAGAAAACAGAAAAUCGUGUGAAUCAUGAUCGAAAUAAUUGUUGUGACGAGAAUGCAGUGGCGGAGAUGAUGGUGAAUAAUCAUGAUGAUUGGAAACGAAAAAAUAUGACAACACGUGAAACAAUCACAACGAUGGAUGUUGUCAACACACCACACAAUGCAGACAACGAUGAUGAUGUUGGAUUGAAACCAUUGAAUUUAACAACUUCUAAAUGGAAAUCACAAAAUAUCUCAUCACAACCACAGGUGUCAACCAAUCAGGAUCCUAUGAAUCAUGGUCAUACAAAGCAUGUUGUGAUUGAAGAAGAAAUUGAAGAAGGUUAUGAUGAUGACGAUUACAACGAUGAAGAGCAUGACGAACCUCUAAUGUUGACCACGACUGCAUUGACAAAAGAUGCGUUACUGCCGUUCCGAUCACAACAGAAAAUUUCAAAAAACUUCUCAACAGCUGCUAAUGUAUCAACACCCCAAUACUCUCCUCAUCCAGCUGUUUCGUCGGCAACAUCUCCUUUCAAAGUUACACCAAAAUCUGCCUUUCAUUUAAGAAAUGCCAGUGUGACGAGUGACGUGACAGUCUAUUCAAACAUGUACGACGAUUCAUUGGAUCCAUCUCUGAUACAGAAAUAUUAUGAUAAUUUCGAUGAUGACGAUUAUUUUGAUUUGGAACCUCAAAAGUUAACAAUCACAUCAAGUCGACAUAAUUUUAAUUUAGACAAUGAAUUUGAGGAAGAAGAGUCUUCUUUCACAAAUGGUCGAGAAGAUUUUCGCGAUGAUUUAUCGCCGUUUCUGAUUCAAGUGAACACAAAUAUUAAACGACAAGUGAACAAAAUAGGAGGUGAAGAGACACGCCCUGAAGUAAUUGGAAGUUCUCACUCUGGGCGGAAUCCAGUCUACAACAUGGAUCAUGACGAUGAUGAGCAAAUACCGAGCACAAUUUUCGGUCGAAUUAAAAUUCCAAGAAAGAGUGGAGAAGCCAAAGCUCAACAAGCACUUUACAAAAUGUUGGCCUCUAAUGAAGGAAGAAAUCGAGCAGUUUCUGAUGUCACAUGCUUUAUACCAAAAGUUACUGCAUCGAUAUCGAACUUGACAAGAUCUGCCAUCACACCUCCUACGAAUUCAAAUCUAGAAGAUACAUUAUAUCUAUUUUCUGUAAAUAAUGACCCUCAAAUUAACAACAAUGAACAUUUGAGAAUUAGAAAGGAAAGUGUAAAGCUUGUGGAAAGUUUGGGAUUAGAUGGACAAAUUUCCGAGUCACAUUUCAGACAGUCGGAUUUAACUCUGGAAAAGCAACGAAUCAAUUUUUUGCAUUUGUAUUCACCCAUUCAUCGAGAGAAGAUUCGAACAGAUGUGUCACUCGUGCUUCAAUCUCUGUUUAGAGGUUAUGUAGCUCGAAAGAAGCUCAUCAAAGGUCUUGUUUAUGUGGAAUAUAUAUGUACAGCUGCUUUGGGACAUGUUUGGCGAAUGAAAUUGAACAAGUUGAAGAUGGAACGAGAUUUGUUAAAAUCCACACAACUCACAGGAACGACGAUAAUAUCUUCUCCUGUGAGAGAUCAUAACAUUCGAACGCAAACACAGCUAGAAAUGAUCCCAACGAUGAACAUUGCAACAUUCAAAGUCAGCACUUCUCUCAACACUGGAAAGACAUUGAAUGAAAAAGUUGUGUCUCCACUCAGACUUCAAUCGCCAUCUCAAAGUAUUCCAAUCAUUGACAGGACUCUCAUGGAUCACUACUCGAGAAAUGUAGAAAGAAUUAUUCAAUUUCAAGCACUGUGUAGAGGAUAUUCGAAAAAGCUUUCAACCACGAUUAGAAAUCUCAAAUUAGAGAGGAGACGUCAUUUAUUGACCAAGAGUCAUCCACUGAUUCGACACGUCUAUAUUUCCUUUUUGGAGCUUCUUUUUGGAAAAUUAGAUCUUCAGAAAGAUGUGAACGACAAGAAAAAAUUGAUGGAAAUUGACAAUCCUUCCACCACGAAUAUUAUCAUGAAGAAACACAAAUUAUUUCCUCGAUUUCUUGAAAAUAUUUACCAAUUAUUUUCGUGUAACACAAAGAACAAGUAUCGAAUCAUGAGGAGAUCCCUUCGAGAUGUUCUGCUCGAGAGCAAUCACCCUGAUUGCAAAGAACUUGUAGAUUUUUAUGACAAACAAAAAUAUAAUUUAAAUCAAAUAGGAAAUGUCACUCACGAGCUCGAUAGUGAAAGUUUUGAAAUGAAAGUUUUUUUGGAAUUUUUACUCGAUCAAGGAAAUGUUCUCCCCAAAAUACUCGCUCAAAUACUUCUCUCAGAUCAGGUCUACGAAAGGAAUCGACAUUUAUUUGACAAUUCAUUCAUUUCAAAGCAAAAAUUCAAACAUACCAUUCUGUUGGUUCAUGAGCAGAAAGCCAUCCAUUUCUCCACUCAUUCAAAACAAAUUUAUACUGACAAGUCACCCAUGACCAAUGAUGCUCAUGCUGUGGAUAUUGCAUUCUUGUGUGAAGAAUUGAGUAAGGUGUUCUUUGAUUUCAAAUACACACCUGCGCUCUUUGAAAAGAGGCACUAUGUAUUUCAUUCCACGGUGUGUGAAUUGUUGGAAUUAUUCAGAGAGUCGGAAGAUGGCUUCGGAAAUCGUACGAGUGAUUAUGGAAACAAUGAUCCUAUCGAUCUCAACACUACAUCGAACAAGAUUAUUUUCAAUCGACUCAUUCCAACUCUCUAUUCCAUGUUUUCAAUGGAGUUAAAAACUUUGGAGAUGAGCAGAAGAAAGAAUCCAAUCCAAACCACGUGGGACUUGAUAUUGACCAUUCAACAACAACAGGCUCUCGAUGAACAUGAGAAUGUACAAAAUUCUCUUCAUCGUCAUCAUCACUCUGCCAGUUCAUUAGAAACGACCAUCCAUAACGUGAAUGACACACUCAAGCAACAAUUAGAAUUUAUCAAAAAGAAAAAGACAUUCACACCAGUGGAAUUGUCCAAGAUCAAAUUCAAGUCUUUGAUUUGUUAUGGCUUGUCACACAAGAUAUUAGACAAGGUUUUAACACAGAUCUUUUCACAGAGUCAAAUUCUUGCACAACAUGUGAAAAACCAUUCGUUGAUUUUAUCCGUGCCAGUUCAGAAUAGCAUCAUUUCGGGAAUUGUUUCACUUCAGGAAGCUCACGUGUUCACUUUUGCAUUAUCGGAACCACUUUUUGCACCUUAA